AUGGGUGUAUCUGGACUGCUGCCCCUUCUGAAAUCGAUACAAAAACCUACCGAACUAAAGAAGUUUCACGGCCAAACGCUUGGCGUUGACGCCUAUGGCUGGCUUCAUCGGGCAGCAUUUUCGUGCGCCGUCGAGCUAGGCCAAGGCAAGCCGACAACCAGAUAUGUCACGACUGCCAUGCAUCGCGUACGCAUGCUGCUCCAUUUUGGCGUCAAGCCCUACAUGGUAUUCGAUGGCGACUACCUCCCCAGCAAAGCCGCCACCGAGGACUCACGUGCCAAGAAGCGUGAGGAAAAGAAGAAGCUCGCCAACGAUCUCAUGAAAGCAGGGAAACCUGGCCAAGCUACGCAAGAAUUCCAAAAAUGUGUCGACAUUACGCCUGAGAUGGCCUCGACACUUAUUCAAGAGCUCAAAAAGAUGGGAAUCCCCUACGUCGUGGCGCCGUACGAGGCCGAUUCUCAGCUCGUAUAUCUGGAAAAACAAGGGCUCAUUGACGGCAUCCUUUCUGACGACUCGGAUCUGCUCGUCUUUGGAGCGAAGCGCCUUCUCACCAAGCUCGACCAGUACGGCAGCUGCAUUGAGAUUAACCGACGCGACUUUGGCGCUUGCCGGGAGGUUUCCCUCACUGGCUGGUCCGAUGCGGAGUUCCGCAGAAUGGCCAUCAUGAGUGGCUGCGACUACUUGAACGGUCUUCCCGGCGUUGGCCUCAAGACGGCAUACAGGUUGAUGCGUAAAUCAAAGACACCCGAACGCGUCGUUCGCAUGUUGCAAUUUGACGGUAAGCGUGUCUCCGAGAAUUACUUGACGCAGUUUUACCAGGCAGAACUCACCUUCUUGCACCAAUGGGUGUUCUGCCCAACGAAAAAAGAGCUUGUACACUUGACCGAUCUCGAUGGGUCACGCACAGCGGCCGAGAUGCCCUUCAUUGGUGCCUUUGUUGAACCCGCCACUGCUCGUGGUGUGGCCGCUGGUGACGUCCACCCCAUGACCAAGGAGCCUAUCAUUCUGCAUCUUACGCCUUCUAAGCGAAAGCUGGCGCAGACCAAGACGCACUCUGUAACGCCUACAACCUCGCAGCCACCAUCGAAACCCAUUACUUCAUUCUUCAAGACACCCGGCCGCAAGCCAAUGGCCGAGAUGGACCCCAACUGCUUCUCCGUGGAUGCCGAGCGCGUCGCGCAGCUGACCGACGGUGGGCUGGUACCGCGCGUGUUUCCCUUACCGCGACCCUACAUCGAACCCAGCCAGGCCACCGAGCCGGCCACCCAGCACAGUCAGCACUUCACGCCGCGCAGGACGUCGCCUCGACUCAACCGCCGACGCGCAGACACGCUGGGCAACAUGGUUGCCCAGACUGCGAGCAGCCCGCUCUUUGCUCGUCCGAAGGAGACUGUCCUCGGUGGCACGCCACGGUCGGAACCGCAGCGCCGCCCACAGAAGAAGGCCCGCCUCUGCGACGAUAUCGAGCCUAUCGAGACGUCACCGAAGAGCAGCAAGUUCUUCCCUUCCAAAAAGCUGGCCGAGAAGCCUACUCCAGUCAAGGGUGAGGGCUACCUGUUUUCCGACGACUCGGUGGAGGAAGCGCUCAAAGGCCUGCCUGAAUUGGACAGCUGGACACCUAGCGUCAAGAUGAGCCCAAAGAAGAUGCGCGUAUUUGACGACGACAGCCAGGAGACGACAACAUCACGCGAGACGAGCAGUCUGACGGAGACGUCCAUGUCGAGCCUGUCCCAGGUUGACACGGCCGAGACGCCGAGCUCGUCCAUGGAGCCACCUUCUAUGCCACCGCCAAAGUCCAUCGUCCCUCUUUCGCAACGCACGCAGACCCCGGCGCGCAGAUCCCUCAGCCGAUUCACCUACACCUCGUCGGCAACAUCCUCGCGAACGGCCUUGUCCACUCCCGCGUCCAGCAUCUCGGUCCAGUCCUCCAUCUUCAGCAACGGCCCAUCUACACCGUCCACAGCCGCGUCAAGCGUCAUGUCCCCUUCCUCACGCAUGACGCCCCUCCAGCGUCUCGGAGCCAAGGCCGCAGCCGACAUCCCGCUCUUCUCCCCAAACAUGCCCGCGCCUCGGCGCCGCCCUAGCAGCAACAAAAGCGAUGCCACCUUUGGCGGCAAGCUCCCCGUCAACCCGGCGUUUGUGCCCCUGCCCAAGGUCGACGUGGACGAGGUGGAGGCGCUGCAUAAGCCCUGCGGUGGCGGCAGCGAAGACCAGAUCAUACCCGAUAGCGACGGUGAAGAUGACGAUGACGACUUUAAGCUCCCCCCCGGAAAGAGGUUCAAUCCUCUGCAAUUUGCAUUCCGUUGA